CUUUUCAGGCCAUCACGAAUUAAAUUGUUAACUUUUGUAGCUUUUCUUUCACUGCCAUUUUCGGAAAGGUUUCUAAACACCACAUUCAAUGCCACAUUGGACUGGGCGUGCAUACGGGGACAUUUAUGACAGGUGUAGGGUCAAAACUGUUUUUACCAUGCUGAGGCCUAUUUUAAAGACAAGUGUAAAGUAACCCACAGGCAGCCGUUGGGAUCUCCAUCAUACUUUCAAGUCUCUGUGCUUUUCUGUGAAUGACCAGUUCCAAGACAACAAUUACCGGACGAUGAUUCAGCAAAACUCUUGUUCAUAUAUGGUCAUCCAGUAAACAUUCAAACAGCGAGACUUCAUCAUUGUCAAAACCACAACAGUGAAAACCAGUGAGAAAAAUGGUUUUCCAGCGUUCUAUUUUUAGAAUCUCGGUAACGAUUAGACCUACAUGAUUGUAUAAAUACGCUGGUUAAUCCUAAUGAUUAUUAUUAUUAAAAUAAAGUGUACGGAGGAAAGAUGGAACAUAUAAAUGAGAUCGGUGAACACGACAGUUCAUUACCAGAAAGUGUCGAGAGAUUGAAUAGACGUCUUUCAAGGUCUUUAAGUAUCGACGAAGCAUUUAACAGUUCGAAAAAAGAAUUUAAGGGUGGAAUAAGUGCCGAGUGUAUGGUUGUGACCUUACCGACAUUUGUUGACGAAACUUUGAAAGAAGAAGACAGUGUGAAGGAAGUGAAAGAAAGAGCACAAGAGAAGAGCUUUAAAGAAAAGAAAAUGGACGGAUUGGGCGUACACGAAGCGGGUAUAGGCCAUGAAGGUGGGGUCGAUCGGACUCUAAAAGCCCCGCCGUGUGCUUACGUUACACAAAAUAGUGUGAACGAAGACAGGGAAAAGGCGGAGAAAAGCAAAUUGCUUAAUGGCAUAGGUUCAGUUGUGGACCUUAGACAGGACCCGUCAGUGAAAAAACAAAUUUAUCGAAGUCUUUCGAAACAGGCGUCAGUGUGCGAAGAUCAAAAAGAAAAUAAAGAUGAUGAUUUGGUGGAUAAACGACCACAUGUUGCGAUAGAAAUGGAAUGGUGUUCAAAAACUUUAGCUUCCGAAGUUUCCUCGACCCAAACGGUCACCGGAAGCCGUUUGGAGCGGAGAUGGAGGCGUGUGAUGUGGUGUAUGGUAGUUAACGCCAUCAUAACUUUUCUGCUGUCAUGCGCCGUCAUUGUAUUGAUCAUAAGUAGACCGACCUCCUCAGAACCUCUCCAGGUUUCGGAGUUCGUCUCGGCCAAGUUUGCAAUGCCGGAUUCCCAGAAGCCCUUGCAGGAAAGCUUCAAGAACAAACCUGAACAUGCCAGACCAAUUGGACGAUUUGUUCUCGAUCAGCAGGUCUUAAAAAACGAAGGUUCAUUGAGAUGGAAGGAGUCGGAGCAGACAGCUGGGUCAAGCGUGAAGCCCAGCCAGAACGAUUCCUGUGUAGUGGUGCCGGAAGCCGGACUCUACAGGGUCUCCUCACUGAUCACUUUCAAAUUUAAUGGGCUGACGGACCGCUCCGAGGUGGCACACAGCGUCUCCGUGCCGACUGACACUGAUGAGGGCACGUUGCAGAGGCAAGUGAUCGCCGUCCCCUACAGAGACCCCGCACUUCCAAAGCGCCAGGAGACAAUGGUGCCAAGUUUUCACCUUACCACCGCAAAAGUCAAGGCCCAUAACCGGAUAUGUAUAGCGGUCACCCCGGUGAAUCUUGUGUACAAGUCAAACAUAGACAACGCACUUAUGGUGGAAAAAGUAGAGUGAACGGAGGUUUGGGUUGGCAUCGAACCGAUGCCCGUUUUCCGUUUACACGGAAUAAAAUGGGACAUAAUCCAGUAGCGGCGUAUUUAGAUCAAGUGACGAACGUGCUGACUGAGAUCGGAAUCCCAAAGGUUGCGAGGCUACGUCACACCUUCGCGUGCAAGAUGGACCAAUUCCGCAUAUAAAAUGAUAAGACGUACCAAGUUAUACGCGCAAAGGUCGCCGGCGCAAAGCUCAGUCGGUAGAGCGUUGGACUGUUAAUCGGACAACCCGGGUUCGAUUCCCGGGCGGACCAGGUCACUUCUGUUGUGAUUGGUUAUGAAAUCCUUUCUAUGACCAGUCGCACUGUACCACUGCCCAUGGCAUGUACAGAAGUUGUCAGUUCCUUGCAGAAGUGAAGGCACCUAGUACUGGUUCACCGCCCAGGAUAGGUGUGCGGUGGUUGAACUGUCACUCUGGGACCCUUCAAUGUGCUCACGCUGGGACCCGGAGUAUAAACUACUAACACCACCAGUUAUACGCGCAUCAAGGGGAAGCUGGACCAAUUCCGCACGUCAACCGAUAAGACGUAAGUGUUACGCUCAAAAAGAGUUAAUAAUGUCAUAGUUAGGGAUUAUGUAUGGCCACACUUACAGUUGUUAUUAUUGUUAUUUUGUAAUAACAAAUUGCUGAUAUGUUAACUUGAAAUGCUUUAGAAAUUAGAUGCAUAUGUGUACAUACAUAUGAAUACAUAUCUCCUUUUAGGAGGAAAUACAGAUUUUGAUUUGAUUUGGUUUACAUGGUUAUGUAAAUGUUUUAUCUCUGUAUGUUUUUAUACAGUCCAUAUUGCAUUAUAUGAAUUGCAUUGAAUGUCAUGAAAUUAUUUAAACAUGGGUCAUAUUGACCUAAUCCAAACAUGUAAGUUGUAAAUAUUUAUACUCAAUAAUUUAAGCAUUCUUUUGUGCUCUUUUCGAAUGAUAUAUUUUGUGUAAGGGGGAAAGUUUUCAUACUAUAUUGAGCGUUGGUCGUUUCAUAUUUAUGUCACCUGUCAUUUUCUUUUAUUGAAGGCAUACGUUAACUUAAAUGACGUACUAUCCAUGACGUCUCAAUAUACAUUUGUUUAAGAUAUACUUAACUGUGAUACGCUCAUUUGUGUGCUGAUUUCUAGAAGGGCUUUAGAAAUUGCUUGACAAUUUGACGUUUUGUCCAAAUAUCUAAAGGUUCCGAUUCGGAGGCGUUCGUUAAGCAUAAAAAAAUUGACCUGCAUUUUUAAAGAUUGGAAAACCUACAAUUUUUUUAUGUAGGAGUAGAUUGUGAAAUCGAAACUGAACUAUACGGAAUGCUUAAAUAAACAUGUGAUGUAUUAGAAACGAAACUCUUCUCCUGGACAAAUACAGGUACCUCACUUUAUUGGAAAAUUUACUUCCAGAUUUUGAUUCAUUUAUAUUGGGCUUUAUUUAACUCAGGAACUUAAUAACAUGUAUUUUUCAUUUCAUUCUAACUGGAUCUACCUCUUUUUUGUUUCUGUAGUCUAAUUUACAAAUAUAUUUAUGUUUACAUGUUCAUAUUUUUGUAUUAGUAUGUUUUAGAUUUUUUACGAGGAUCAUUGUAGUUAAACAUGUACAUGUGUUUAUACAUUCAUGUUUGAUUCCAGGCCCAAAUAUCCCGAUAUUUCUUUUGUCCCUUAUAAACAGGAUUAAGCUAAGCUCACUAUUUCUGUAUUUCAAUAAUUUUCUUGUUAUUUACUUCUUUAAGAGUUUUUUAUGCUUUAGAGAGGACAAAUCGUUAUGAUUAUCACAGUAAACCAUUCAUCAUUAAUCAAAAUCCAAUUUAAGUAUGUACUUUGCAUUAAUGAAAUAAGCAACUCAAGCUAUUUAAGCUUAAGAAGUUUCGAGAAAUUAGGACCUGUUGUUGUUGGGUAUUUUUAUUUCGAAGAAAUUGUCAUUUUGUUACAUAGGGAAUUGUAACUGUGUGGUCGUAUUGGCGCAAAAUACUCUUUUUUGUAUAUGUAUAUGGUAUUUUGAACACAAGUAAUACUAGCAUAAUAUAGUUCUGACAGGGCAAAACUGUGAUAACAAAUUUAUGGCAUUGUUAGAAAUGUUUGUGUUAAAGUUGCACUCUUAGUCCCAAAUAAGAAUUAAUACAAUUGUUUAAAUAUACCAAAAAGUAGGAAUAAAUAUAAAACAACAACAAGUGUUAAUAGGAAGGAUACUGGGUUUAAAUUGGUGCAGAAAACACGGUAUUUCUAUCUUAUGAAACAAUAGUAGAUAACAGUAAAUCUUUUAGCACUCACCAAUCAUUUAUUAUUUAUUUUUGCGUGUUCAUCUAUUAAAUACACUGUUACAAUCUUGUUAUCAGUAAUUAAUAUUUUCCAUAAAUGCAUUAUUUAGUAAGUAGUUUAUAGUUUAUUACUCAAAAUUUAUGUUUGUUAUACAUGUGAAUGUAUUGAUUUUGAAUAAGAGUUUCACUUUAACAAAGUUAUGGUAUAAUUGUAUUGUAAUAAAUGUUGUUUUGAUUAAGUCUUGACAUCGUAGGAAUCAUUUUUUUAACAAAGCUAUGACAUUGUCAGAAUUGUUCCUUUUCACCUUUUAUAUAUUUUGUGUUCAUUGUUUACAUGUUACUUAUUUAUUAUAUACAAGUAUUGCUGGUUCAAUAAACGUUAAA